ACAUACCAAUUUCAUCCAAAUCCAUCUUCUCACCCUCUUUUGCGUUUAUUAACUAUGGAUUUGCUCCCAAAAUGCAACGCAAAUUAUGUUCCUCUAACGCCUCUAACCUUCUUGAAGAGAGCUGCUGACGUUUAUGCCAACCGCACCUCCGUUAUCUAUGAAGGUACUCGUUUCACUUGGCGACAAACGUACCACCGUUGCCGCCGUCUCGCUGCUUCUCUCCACUCCCUGAACAUUGUCAAGAACGAUGUUGUGUCGGUGCUGGCUCCAAAUAUUCCAGCUAUGUAUGAGAUGCACUUUGCAGUUCCCAUGGCAGGAGCUGUCCUCAACGCCAUCAAUACUAGGCUCGAUGCUAAGACUAUAGCCACCAUUCUCCGCCACUCUGAAGCGAAAGUCUUCUUUGUGGACUAUCAGUUUGUUCCUUUGGCACGAGAGGCCCUACGCUUGCUGAUGGGUGAUCACUCUCAGGAUUUUGUUUCAUUUGAAUCAAGUUUUCCUUUGGUUAUUGUUAUUGAUGAUAUUGACUCUCCCACUGGUGUCCGGCUUGGUGAGUUAGAGUAUGAACAACUUGUUCAUAAGGGAAAUCCUAAUUAUGUCGUUGAAGAUAUCCAAGAUGAAUGGGAUCCUAUAGCCUUGAAUUAUACUUCUGGAACAACCUCAGAGCCUAAAGGAGUUGUGUAUAGCCACAGAGGUGCCUACCUUAGCACUCUCAGCCUUAUUCUUGGCUGGGAAAUGGGAACUGAACCUGUCUAUCUUUGGACACUCCCCAUGUUCCACUGCAAUGGCUGGACCUUCACUUGGGGAAUCGCUGCACGCGGCGGAACCAAUGUCUGCCUGCGCAACAUCACCUCUUAUGACAUGUACCGCAACAUUUCUCUUCACAAAGUCACCCACAUGUGUUGUGCACCCAUCGUUUUCAACAUCCUUCUUGAAGCCAAACCUCACGAGCGCAGCCAAAUAACUCCCCCUGUUCAAGUACUCACCGGAGGUGCACCACCGCCGGCCUCACUGCUUGAAAAGAUAGAACCACUGGGAUUCCACGUUACACAUGCAUAUGGAUUAACAGAAGCCACUGGACCAGCGUUGGUUUGCGAGUGGCAAGCCAAGUGGAACCAGCUCCCCCGAGGUGCUCAAGCAAAACUCAAGGCAAGGCAAGGGAUCAGUAUUCUAACUCUUGCUGAUGUUGACGUGAAGGAUCUAAAGACAAUGAAUAGCGUUUCUCGAGAUGGAAAAAGUAUAGGGGAGAUUGUCCUGCGAGGAAGUAGCAUCAUGAAAGGAUACUUCAAGGAUCCAAAUGCUACCUCUAAAGCAUUAAAAAACGGAUGGUUCGCUACAGGGGAUGUUGGGGUCGUCCACCCAGAUGGGUACCUGGAAAUCAAAGACCGAUCAAAGGAUGUGAUCAUAUCUGGUGGUGAAAAUAUCAGCAGCGUGGAAUUGGAAUCUGUACUCUACAGGCAUCCAAGAGUCCUAGAGGCAGCUGUGGUGGCGAUGCCGCACCCUCUAUGGGGAGAAAGUCCUUGUGCUUUUGUUGCCAUUAAAAAGAACGCAGAUGGGAAAACAGAUGACGUUAAAGAAUCUGAUAUCAUAGCCUAUUGCCGGAAGAAUCUUCCGCGUUUCAUGGUUCCAAAGAAGGUGGAGUUCUUGCCGGAGCUACCCAAGACAGCAACCGGGAAAAUUCAAAAAUUUCAAUUAAGGACUUUGGCGAAAACUUUUGAGGUGUCCAAGAGCAGAGUUGUAAAUCAGAAUCUUCCCAGCAAAAAGAACGGCCAAUCUAAUCAAAGCAAUACGGAAAUACCUAGAUGUACAGCUCAGCCUCACGAACAUGUUCUUGCCAUGUCUCGUCUUUGAACAGCUUUUAAUUAUUUAAUUAUUAAUUAAAUAUUUGUCUUUUAGAUAAGUACUAAGUGUCAAACAUCUUUGAACUUUUGUUAUGAUUGACGGAAAUUGAUAUGAAAUUUUAGAAUGUCUUUAAUGUUAAAGUCAAUUGUAAGCCAA